GAGAAAACAGGGUGUUGGUUCCUGAAACUCCGGCAGAAAACUCAUCAAACAAACGAUCAUAGGCGAUUGUUCGACGGAAAGAUUAGUUUAAACAGGUUUCCUCUUCAGGGUUUUGAGGAUUUUUGGUGGAAAACAUCGAGUUGAAGCGAGAAAAACCAACAUGAGGCAGCUGGUUUCUGUGCUUUUGUGCCUCUGCGCCGCUACAGGGGUGGACCUGACGUGCUCAUACUCAGCAGACUUUGGUUCAAAUCCCAGACUGGAGUGGAAAUUUAGGGACUUAAAAGGAUCACAGACCUAUGUGAUUUAUAAUGGUCAACCAACUGACUCAUAUUCCAGCCGCAUCACUUUGGUUAACGGCAAGGAUUUGAGAUUCUCCAAAGUGACCCGUGUGGAUAAUGGAGACUAUAUCUGUGAGGUGUCCAGUGCCCAGAGCCCAUAUCAGGCUGCCACUGUGAAGCUGACUGUUCUGGUUCCUCCAGCUGCACCAAUGUGUAAUAUCCCUCCAACGGUAACGACAAACAAGAUGGCCGUCCUGCACUGCUAUGAUCCUGCCGGGUCACCGCCUCCAACAUACAAGUGGUACAAAGAUGGAACCCUCCUUCCUGUUGACCCCAGCAAGAUUGCUGGUUUCCAAAACGCCACCUACAAACUGGACCCACUGAGUGGAAAACUGGAGUUUCCUUCUGUCACCAAGAUGGAUUCAGGUCAGUACUACUGUGAAGCCUCCAACGAAGCCGGUCCCACUCAGCGCUGCAGCGGUGCGAGGAUGGAAGUUCGUGACAUGAACACUGGGGGAAUUGUUGCGGGGGUGAUCAUUGCUCUGCUGCUUCUGGCCCUCAUCAUUUUCGGUGUUUGGUUUGCCAAAAAGAAAGGACUUCUGCCAUCAAUUAAGAGUGAAAGCAAACCAAAUUCUAAAGCAGUCUACCAGCCAACAACAACCUAUGCUCGUGAUGAUGAUGAUGGGGAAUUCAAACAGAAGUCAUCGUUUGUGGUGUAAACGACGAGCUGAAGUCGACUAGCUUCUGCUGAAAUGUCCUGUUUGACUUUUUAUUUUAUAUGGAACACUUGAUGUUGAGUGCAGUUUUUACAGUAAAGUGUGAGAUGCUCCAGCUGUUUUCAGUGCAAUUCCACUUUUAAACAGCAGCAUGAUUUAAAAAAAAACAAACAAAAAAAGGAAGCGUAUUUUUGUAAAUCUAUAGUUGAAUCAGUUUUUAGUCAUCCCAUCAGGUUUCUGUGUAUUGAAGUGUGUUUGUGCCUUUUUUAAUUUGCAUCUACAAAAAGACUAACAUAUUCAGAUUAUUUAUCAUAUCAAAACGGAGCAGAAACACCCAAGCACUGAUUACAGAACAAACUCAGAUAGAUGUCACUUAGCUCUUAGUCUAAAAAAACAUUUUCUCAGCAGAUAUUUUUCUGUUGGGUCGUCUUUAUCCAUUCCUUUCAUCAGCCCUUGUGGUUUAGCUGAAAAACUGCUGGAAACUGUUUUUUUUUUUUUCUGUUGAGCUGUUCUGCUUUAUUAGAUAUCUCUUUCAUGUAAAUAACUAAACAGUUUUUUAUGUUGAAAAUUUGCUACAGUUCAUUGUUCAGUGCUCAGUUUCCUGCUUCUAAUAAACUAAGUUUAUUAGGUUUUUGCAGUUAUGUGUACAUAGUUUCUAGAUCAAACAUGAAUGUCGUGCUGAAGCUAAUAUCGUUAUUUUCUACCUCCACACAUAUUAAUUACCUUAUUUUUUGUUUCCUUUACUACAGUUCUGUAGUUAGUUUUAUGAAAUCAGUCAGUACAUUUGAAUUUAUGAAUCAGAUUUAAUAUUUAAAUUGGGGAAACAUCUACUAAACUUGUUUGGAGGACUUUUUGAACUUCUGAUUGUACUUUUUGUGUAUAUAAAUAAAAAUGUUUGGAAAAAA